CUCCGUCACGCGUGGGCCGGUCAUGUAUGCCUCCAUAUCCAUAUGACUGGGACUUUGAAUGCUUGACAAAAGAUUUUGGAUCUAUCUAUGACUUGCGGUGGUAAUGAAGAGUAAUUCGUCUGUAUGAAUAUAAUGAUGCAGUAUAUUUCUAGAUAGUGUGUGUCCUGGUGUACAUGCGUUUCAUAUAUAGUGUGGACCUCUGCACAUGAGAAGUCCACAAAAUGCAGGGUACUAUGGCGUUGUGUGCAUGGACUUGAACAUGUCCACACAAUCUUUUCCCCUCUGUAAACAGUUUCAAAGCCAUUUUGGGUUCGAGGUUAUCCGUGGCAAAAUGAAGAGGAAAAGUCCAGGAAAAUCAUCAUCAAAAAGCCAUCUCCAUGCAAGGAGUUAUCUUACUGGCAGAAAAAGGAGCAUUACCCCCACACUCCGUGUGUGUCUUGGCAGUGUAAUAAGUUGUCAUUGUGUCAAUCUCGUGAGUGGACAUGACGGAAAAACGCAACGUGGAGUAGCUACAAACAGCGUUUAUCGAUGAGGGCCUAGUGUAGGUGCAUGGGAACGCCAACUCAUGGAUCAACAGAUCAUGUAGUACGAACUCAACUGAUGACAUGGCACUCAACAGGACGAGGUCGUGAGGCUGUUUACGAACAUGGGAUUGACAAUCGUUGACAUUCGGCAGGCCGAGCAGCGCAUCAAGAGCUAUGUCUCCGAGACCCCGGUGAUGACCUCGCGUCGUAUGGAUGCACAGGCCGGUUGCAACCUGUUCUUCAAGUGCGAGCUGUUUCAGCGAACCGGAUCCUUUAAAUUUCGAGGAGCAGUCAACUUCUUAGCCAAAAUGCGGGAAACAAUGGAAAAUGGUCGUGUUCCCUGCGUUGUUACCAUCAGCAGUGGAAACUUUGCCCAAGGCCUAGCACUCGCCUCUAAUCUACUGAACACUAAGGCCUAUGUGAUCAUGCCUAACACCGCCCCAAAGUGCAAACAGAAUGCUGUAAAAGAAUACGGAGCAGACGUGAUUCUGAGCAGUCCAACUCUACAGGCCCUCUUCAAGGCCAGAGAUCAAGUCGUACAGAAGACGGGUGCAGUAUACGUCCCUUCUGCACAACACUACGACGUCAUGGCGGGGCAGGGUACAUUAUGCACAGAAAUGAUAGAAAUGAUUGACCAGAAGUUGGAUGCUAUCAUUGUUCCUGUCUCGGGAGGAGGAAUGCUGGCCGGGGUACUGAUUGCAGCAAAGUCCUUGCAGCCGGGAAUUCAAGUGAUUGCUGCCGAGCCCGAGGUAGCAGAUGACUGUUGCAAGUCGUUCGUUGCUAAGAGACACAUCAAGACGGAUAGCCUUCCCUUUACCAUCGCAGACGGUUUAAGGGGGUCCAUCGGCGACCUUGCGUGGCCAAUUGCUCGGGACCUCCUUGACGGUGGUAUCACGGUGACUGAAGAUGAAAUCAAGGAAAGUACUAAGCUGGUGUGGCAGUGUAUGAAGCUGUGUAUUGAGCCCUCAGCGGGGGUGGGCGUGGCUGCCGUGAUGUCAGACAAAUUCAAAGCCGCGUUCCCAGACGUUAAGAAUGUGGGGAUCAUCUUGUGCGGAGGUAACAUCGACCUAGACUCCAUGAAAACUUGGCUAUAGAGACUGAACAACCGGGAUUAGAAACUCUGCACGAUAAUUAAAUACUCUGGUGAUCUAUUUUGUAAAUUAUACGUCAUGAUAUUAUGAUGUUAGAACACCCCACUAAAGGGACCACCAGACAAGGCAGACGGAAACAGAAAAUACUGAAAUAACAGCAAAAACUGUAUCUAUAUGUAUUACAUGAUGGAGUGCGGCUAGCAGACUGUAUAUAGAAUUAAUGAACGUUUAUGAGACCAAUGGUAAGAUUCGCCUCGUGGAAGUGGUAUGGUAUAUUUCGUCUGCCACCAAAGGAAAAUUGCACAGAUUUGAAACAUGCAUUAUUUGUUUUAUAUAAUACAUGCACAAAUCCUUUUCUGUUAGGUCCCAAUCGUGUUUUCCCGUGCGUCAUUUGGCGAAAUAGAUUCGUGUCCGGAGCGCCACCCACUGGUACCGGGUAGCACAUGUACCGUGCAAUGUUAGACUGGUUCCAUCCCUAGAUUAUUGUUCUCUUUCUUACUGGGAGUGAGAUAUAUGAAAUGGGGGCGGAAACCAGUCAAUUGAAUGAAGUUUUAGCCAACGGCAACCGUUGAAUAUAGCGAAUGAUUUAAUAACACGUGAUCAACGAUCCAUCAAUCAAUUGACGAGAAUUUAUGCAGGUAUAUUAUAAACAGAAUAUAGCAAUUUAGCAUAUAGCAGUUUAAGGGAAUAUCAUGUAUUUUAAUUUAGCAGUGGGCAAAGACACUUAGGUCUGGUGGUAUUUUCAGUGCCUACUUUUGUUAGUCCGGUUACCUGGUUCCGAGUCCAGUUGUAGGUUCAUCUACUGGAAACAUGUUGGGUUUAGAGUGCUUGGAAUUUAUUGCAAUAGUUGGUCGGUGCGUAAAUUGCCUGAUUGUUGUCCUGUCUUGUAUGGUUUUAUCUAUAUUCUUUGGUAAUAUUUUAUCCACAUUUAGUGAUAUUUAAGCCUGUUCAUACACGAAGUGUUUAUUUUAAGUCUUUCCAUAAAAACAAUUGUCUUUAAUAAUGAUUUGAGUAUGCUUUUUAAACGAUUAUAGAAAUUGUCUUAAUUAUUUUGUAGACUUAGCUCUACAUGAGGGGAAAAGUCAAAAAGUAUUACUGAAAUGAUUUUAUAUCAGAUACGGGGAGCUAUGCGUCCCUUGGGUGUUCAAAACGUCAUAUCCCACACCACAGCGGUCAACAAUUGUUUUGGCAUACCUUUGUCUUAAGGAAUUUAUCCAAAGAAACAAGCUCUGAAUUUCAGAGGACGACAGGCCUGCUGCAAAACUGUCCAGUACCUAUAAACAGACGAAACCGAUAUCGUCUGCAAAUGCACUCUUCCCUCACUUUCUUUAAUUGCAUUAUUUUAAUGUGAAACGAGUGUGGGUACCAGUGAGUACCUACUCCGUGAUCAAACAAGUCUCUUGUAAAGGAUUGGAAGACGGCGACAAAGCCUUGUGUCCUUAACUCGUGAUCUCCACUAACGGACGUAGAAACAGGUGCUCCGUCAAAGAAGGCAAACGCCCAUUCAGGAUGGUGAAAAGCAGCGCGUCUACAAGAAGCGACCGCCCAUAUACAUGGUAAUCAACUGCAGUCAGCGGACUAAACUUUUACUAGGCCCUGGGGUUAUGGUCACAGAACCUAAUCGUUACGACCAGCAAGCUCUGUUUGCAUUACUGCAAGCACAAGUAAACCUCGUUCUCUUUGGACCCAAACCGGAUGUUCCUGAAAAUGGUGACAUUCGAGGCACUACGAGUACUGCUAUUUGUGGGAAUUAACAAAAUGCCUUUCGGUACUGCAUGUACUGGUCCAGAUCUCAAGUUCUGCGGAGUCCCUUCAACCUAACGGCGAUGUCUUGUUACCGUUUCAGUGAAAUCUUUCAAAUUUUCACCAUGCCGACAACACAGCUCCUGUCUCUCCCUGUGACAGACUGUUUGCUGCUCAUUGUACUCCCAUAGUUUCUGGCGAAAGUGCAAAGGACAACUCAGCUGGAAACGGUACAUAUCACUAUCAUGAUGUCAAGCAAAUUGGCCAAAUGGAGACUGAAGUGUUUUUCUUUGAACGAGUCAGAAACUGUACAACUGCAUAUUGCCCUGGAGAAGUUCACGGGGUCCUGACCGAGGUCUCUGCUCCACAAGCCUAAUGGAACAAAGGAACCAUUUUUUCAUGUUGCCAAGUGACUUUCCUAUAAACAGAAAAACUUGAACAGAACUGAAAAUAGUCCACAAAGAGAUUGAGAUUCAAAUCAAGAAGGCCGGAAGGGACCACUACAAACGAAAACUGGAGAGAUUUAAUGACCAGAAUCUAAGUAUUGCAUGGCAAACUAUGCAAACCAUGACUGGCUACAAAGACAGAUGAAGUCAGGUUCGGACAGUAGGCUGGAUUUUGAAGACAGUUUCAAUGCUUUUUAUUGUAGAUGCGACACAAAAUUAAUGAAUUCAUGCCUGAUAAUGAACGUAUUGUGCAAUCCGAUCUCUGGUUAAGGACUCUGGUGAUAGUCUUAUUGUGGGUGCGCAUGAUGUUAAGCAGAUCGAUUUCAAGAACCAUUCUGAAUAAGGCCUGUGGCCCUGAUGGUAUCUCAUGCAGAGUGUCACGCUGGUGUAGCCAGCAACUUGCCUCCAUUUGUAUUUUCCAGUUGGUUCUAACAUAGUGGUUUUAUUCCACAGUGUUGGAAAUCUUCAAUUAUAAUUCCUGUGCCAAAAAAUCAAGAAUUCAGUGGCCUUAACUUCCAACAUUAUGGAAAGCUCUGAGGAGAUUCUUUUACAAGUUUUAAACAGUCAAAUUGGUAAUGUUGAUUCAUCUCAAUUUGCAUAUCAGAAAACAGAGGUAUUGAAGAUGCAGUUGCCUUUUAUCUCCAUUAACUGUAUACACAUCGAGUGCUUUCAAAGCGAUCGUUCCACAUAUUUUAAUCAAGAAGCUAUUGAAAUUGAAUGUUACACCACAGCUUGCAUUAGUUACACCGAGUCUGACCACACGGCCCCAUUGUUCUCUAAACAUAAAGUGCUAAAGGUAUUUGACCUUUAUAAAUAUCAGUUAGGUAAAUUUAUGUAUAAAUGUAUGAAUGAUAAGCUGCCACUGUAUUUUAAAUUAUACUUUCAACUUACCUCAAAUGUUCACUCAUAUCAUACCAGAAGUACCUCUUAAAAGGAAUUAUAUGUUGAUGCCAAUAGAACUUCACUACACAAAAAUAGUCUUAUACAAUGCGGUGUCCAAUACUGGAAUAGCCUAAAUGAAAUUAUAGAAGCAGCGCCCACUUUAUUAUCAUUUCUUCUAAAGUUGAAAAAUCUAAAAAAAACAAUUUACAGUUCUGUGUAAUGUCCCCGCACUUUGGUCUUUUAACUGUAACAUUAAUUGGUUAGUGAUGGGCAUGUUGUAUUUUAAUGGUUUUAGACUUGCCAGUGGAUGGAAGUUGAAUUUCUGUUCUUUUCUGUGGACAAUAAAUUGAAAUUGUUGGGUGAAUGGUACAUGAGCCCAACUCUGAUCUCCAGGUUAUGGUAUGCCACACCACACUCAUUCCAGGACAGGAGUUCAUCCCCAGUUGAAACAAACGCUAUCCCAUGGCAGAGCACAAAACCAGUCACCCCCUCUAGAGGUGUCAUAGCGCCAGCUUCAGAUUUUGAAAACAAAAUGUCAUGUGUAGAGUAGAGCACGUGGCUGUGUAUACAAAUUGUCGCCUGCAAGAAACGUGAUUGUGUCGUUUGCAACAAAAUCACACGCACACACAAAUCCGAUUAAAAGGGCAAGAUGCCCAUUAAAACUACUGAAGAACAGAAGUGAACAGGUGUGCUUUCAACACUCAGUGUGCUUUCAACACUCAGUUGAAUGACGGUCUGCACACUGACUACUACAAGGCACACCUGACGUUGUAAGACCAUAGAGCUACAAGCUCUAUGGUAAGACAGACUAUUCCACAAUGUAGUUGCAGUAAAUUCAAAGGCAUGAUCCCCGGUUGUUAUCCUGCUAUGAACUGAGGGAUAGGAAAGGAGGACACCAUUAUCUUAGCUACGCAGACUGUAACGAGACUGUGGUCGAACAUGGAUUAACUUAGAUAUUCCACGUAAAAUCUUUUUUAAUAUUUUAAACUUUAUCCUAAAUUAAACUUUAUCCUAAAUUAACAAAUAACCACCGGACAAACAAACCUCCGCACUAUCGCACCAAAUGUUCGGGUUUACGAACCCUAUACCUCAGUUAUGAGACUUUUGUGCGUUCGAACUAUCGACCAUUCGGACUAUGGAACCGUCCGACAGUCAGUCACACCCAAGCCAGUUUGGUAAGUCAUGGCAACAACGCACGCACAAAAAGCAGAGGUCAGUUGGGGUUAUACGCACGCGCAACUUCGGCCUCAUUUCACAGGGGUGCACCGCAGCAAGUAAAUUCCCAUGGAGAGCAGUGAGUGAUAAAUCCCCAUACUUCACAAAUGUUUUCAAAAUACAACUCUCACAAGUGUUCAGGCUGUACAGACGAAUGAUGUUCCACAUGUCCUCUUUCAUUUUCCUUUCAAUUUUUUUGUGGGUUGACCGAUAAAGUUUUGAGAAAUUCUCACCCAAAGCAGACCAACUCUAAAAUGAAGGAAAUUUCACUGCCCGGAAAAGUAGCUAUUUUGGAAAUGCAUCCCUCUCACCGUCCAAACGAAAAAGUGCCACUUUUUGACCGACUUCAUCCAAAGUGCUCAGAAUUGAAAGACCUGAGUUCGACCGAGAGGUUCAGCGUCAUAUUUCUUCAAUUCCCCAGUUCCGUGGCUCUCAGAACCCUCAAAUAUAGAAUAUUUUUGAGUUUAUAACUUUUAUUAAUGAGCUCGGCGGACAUAUUUCUGGCCUAUAUAGUUACGUAGGUGCACCCGCAGACAGGCCUAUCAGAAUAACUUUUUGGUAUGUGGCAGCAAACUAAAUGGAAGUAAUAAACAAUUUCCGGAUUUGGACAAUGUUCAGACUCAUUAUGCUCAAAUAAAGAGACCAUACUUUGCGCGGGGAGUGUCCCAGAUAAGUGUAAACAAAAAUAGCAUUCGAGAAAUAGGAAGCAGUAUCAUUUCAUGCCGCCGUUUUGAGAAUAAUUCAGCUGUGCUAGGCCACUCAGAUUGACAGGAGUAACGUCUGCUGAGUGCCUUGUUCUACUCAGAAUUCUUAGGAUAGGAACGAUUUAAUGAGCUGAAUAUAAAUAGAACGCAACCCGUCGACCCAUUUUCGUACGUCCCCCUUUUCAACGGUACAAGCAAGACUCCGUGUGCAGAAGUCCAUUCCAGUGUAAGUUUAUUGACAUCAGAUUAGAAAUUUUUGUCCGCAUCAUAAAAAUAGGCCUACAGAAAUUUAAUUUCUAUUGGCACUGUUAAGAAUAUAAAAAAAAUACAUAUAGUUAAAACAAAACACUUUAUUUACCAAAAACAUGCACA